UAUGAAACAAACGUAAACCCGUUUAUAGUCUUAAUGUAGACGCCUGCUGUUUUCAAAUAAAACAAUUCAACGAGCAAAGGUAACUAACUUUAAAAAUAGUUUGACGAUGGAGGCAGCGCCAGGCGGUCUCGGGCGCUGUUCUUGCGCGUUCUGGCUCGCGGUGGCUUUCGACGUUCUUGGUCUCAUCAUAUUAUUACUCGGCGUGUUCGGAGACUUGUUCUUCUACGACUUCUUGAUAUAUGCAGGAGCCAUCAUCAUUUUCCUGAGUCUCAUUUGGUGGGUUUUCUGGUACACGGGUAACAUUGAGGUGCCUCCUGAGGAGCUUGAGGACGAUGUGGGUUUGCUGAAGAAGGACAGAGGUUUGGCAGGAGUUGUUAGGAGGUUCUCCAGCCGCCUCUCGAGCGGAGUGCGAAACUCUUUCAGGAGAAACGGGGGACCGCGUGGUCAAGGUGCAGUGGUCGGUCAAGCAAAGCACAGGAGAGAUGGAGGUCAGGUACCAGUGGCUUUUGCAAUGACCCCUCAGGAUAAUGUGAGCACUUUGUCUGCGACAGUGACCGCAGGAGACACCCUCAGAACAGAAACACAGGCCAUAUGAACAAUCACGUACAGGUUACAGAAGAGGAUAUUCAACCAUAUGGCACUGCCGAAGCGGACUUUUGUUUUUCUCUCCUGUUGAAAUAUUCAUUGUUUUUAUUGAAAAUGUUUACAAUUGAAUUAGGUUUUGUACUAUGUUUAUUUGAUUGAUUUUGUGUUUCGUGCUUUGUAUUAUACACUAUUUUGAGAUUAUGCACUGAUAAGAAUGGCUUUUUGGCAAAAUAAAUACAAUUAUGUAUUUUCCUACAUGUCAUAGUCUGUUUUAUGAGUUUUGACCAACGAGAACGGGAACGUAACCAAGUUUAGUGUCCUGCUUUUAUCGAAUCUCAUCUCUACUGUACAACCUUUGGACAUUGAGAAGUGUUAUUAGGUGUGCCUCCUCUUAUCUUUGUUUGUUCACUCCAGUUUCGAAGCAGCAGUGUAAAUGAACCGGAUGGGUGGCAGACGGUUUGAUAUCUCAACGACAGUUUCCUUUUUUAUUCACAACAUUUUUCUAGAUAUUUAUAUGCAGCUACCAGGUGGAUCUCAGGUGCUUUUUAUGCCGUUUCAGAUGCAUUCAUACAUUGACACCAUUUA